AUGGCCAAGAAGGAAAAAUCAGUGAAAGAGGAGAGUGAAGACAACUACGAGAAGAGGCUUCCAGCGGUUCUCGCCUUUGCUCACCCUUUGGCAACGAAGAAGGUGAAUAAGAAAGUGCUCAAGACUGUGAAGAAGGCGUCCAAGGCCAAGCACGUCAAGAGAGGUGUUAAGGAGGUUGUGAAGGCGCUUCGUAAAGGAGAGAAGGGUCUUGUCGUCAUCGCUGGUGACAUCUCUCCACCAGACGUCAUUUCACACUUGCCAGUUUUGUGCGAGGACUCUACAGUCCCUUACCUCUUUGUCCCAUCAAAGGAGGACUUGGGCUCAGCGGGCGCUACAAAGAGACCAACGUCAGUGGUGAUGAUUGUUCCAGGCGGUGGUAAGAACAAGAAGAACAGCGAAAAGGCUGAGGAAUACCGUGAGAACUUUGACGAGAUUGUUAAGGAGAUCCCAUCGCUAUCCUGA